AUGUUUCAUUCUAGAAUCGAACAAAAAGCCAACACAGUUUUUCCCCGAAGGGAAUAUUUAUUUCUGUUUGUUCUCUUUGUCGAUUGCCAUUGUCCGUUUUCAAAACUGAUGGAUAUUGAAAUCGAAGAUGCCCUCGAAUUAGCCAGUGAAAAUUAUCAUUGUCGUUUAUUGAAAAAAAGCGAAAAGGCUCGAUUUAGUCGUUCACGCACUCAGUAUUCGGAUUUGAUUUCAUCGCAAUCAGUCGAAUCGUCUUCUUCGUUUCCAUUUGACACAACUCAAGCUGCCGUUCUUCUUCAAGUAAAGCAUCAUGUUGUUUCUGAAAUUGAACACGAUUUACUUUCCGGUGAUGUCGACGAAUAUUCUCGCACAAUGCCUGACACGGACGACAUGAACGAACUUUCCACCUCAAGUUCAAACGAUUAUUCGAGCGAAUCUUCCGAAGAGAAUGGUUUGAUUAGUUCUGUCCAGCUGCACCAGUAUACUGAUCUACCUACCGGUGUUUUUUGUAGAAAACUUCUGCAAACAUUUCGUCACUCGAGAAUCUCCAAGAUUGAACGCGACAGAUUUCUCAAGUUGUUUCACGAAGUGUUGCCAAUUCCGAAUAAUUUACCGUCGAGCAUGAACAAAGUACAUUCGUUACUUCAAUUCGAAGAGAAUUUAUUUAGGAAGAAACAAAUUUGUCUUGAAUGCACUCAAGAUAUUCCGGUUGAUUCAUGUUCUUGUCAUAGAUGUCCAAAUUCGGACGAAACAAACAUUGCUGUCGUUUAUCAAUCUGAUAUCAAAGUUGUUCUUUCAUUGGUAUUGAAAAGUCUUUGCAACGAAAUUCAUGAUUAUAAAAAGCAACUUCGAGCAAAUCGUGAUGAUCUGGCCACAAACGAUAUCGGUUUCGGAUACGCUUAUCAACAGUUGUUACAACAGUAUUCAAGUGAAAAUUUUAUCACUGCUUUGAUGCAUUUAGAUGGGGUUAGUCUGUGCGAAUCCAACAAAUUGAAAAUGUGGUUGUUUUCUUUUUCCAUUGUGGAAUUACCAUCCAAACUUCGCUAUCAACGACAUAAUAUGCCGGUACUUUCUAUGUGGAUUAGCACAAAGGAGCCGAUAGCGUCCGUAUGGCUUCAAGACAGUGUUGCGGUGUUAGAAGAACUCAAAACAACAGGGGUUGUCGUAAAUGCGAAUGUUGUCAAACUCAAAGUUAUUGGCGUGAUUGGCGAUUCACCUGCGUUGAAGAUAGCUCUAAAUUUUGUUGCUCACAACGGGUAUUAUUGUUGUUACUUUUGCCUUUUACAUGGUGUACAUCAAAAUGGUAAGCGGCAAUAUCCAUAUGAAUGUCCUUUUCGUAUGCGAACCGCCGAAAGUUUCGCUCGCGAUUCCAGCACUGCUUCUCAAUUUAAGCGAAACGAAAAUGGCCAUUUAGGUGUUUCGGUUAUCGCCGAUGUCGUUGAUAUUCAACUACCAUAUUCGAUCAUUGUUGAUUACGCGCACGCUAGUUUACUUCGCCAUGCAAAAUCAAUAUUUAAUGAAAUUUACAGACGUUUAACGCCAGCCACUCGUGAUAUCGUAGACGUUGCGUUAGCUAAACAACCAUUUCCGCACUUCUUCAAUCGCCGCAUGAAGGCACUCAAGGAUCUUUCAUUCGUCAAAGCUACUGAAGUUCGAAACAUACUUUUCUAUGGGUUCCUUCCUGUAUUUCAUCAACAUUUGCCGGUGGAUUUGCUGAGCCAUUUUGCUUUGUAUAUAGUCGGUAUGCGAUUAUUUCAUGGUAGACCAAUUUUUGCCGACGCAACAGCUAAAAUAGCUAAUGAAUUAAUAAUGACGUAUUACAAAGAUUUUCGUUCGUUCUACCAUGGUCUCGAAAAUUUCGUCCUUCAUAUUCAUGCACACUUCGAAGCUCAAUACAGAAUGUAUGGAUCAUUCUCACAUUUAGGUUCAUUUGGGCAAGAAGGUUUAAUGGGAUACAUGGGAUCGAACUUCACCGGCACCCGCUACCAAGGCGAUCUUAUUGCUGAAAAUUACAGCCUAGACAUAGCGCUUCGUCAUACAAUCAAGGAUUCAAAAUCACUUACUAAAAUAAGUGAUGGUCCUUUCGACAAAGAUGUUAAUUUCGAUUUUACAUCGAAUGGCAUUUUUCUUGACAUACAUAACCGACAAUGUAAUUGUAUGUCAAUAAGUUCCUGUUUAACUGCUUUUCGACGAUGCUCAAUCAAUAAUCGAAUAUAUCAUUCGAUUCUUUACAAACGAAGACAAAAAAGCGUUAGUUAUUACGUCAGAUAUUGCCGUUCUAUUGAUAACAACGCUUAUUCAUUUGGAAAAAUCAUCAUGUUUUUCCAAGUUCAAAGCUUUACUUAUGCCGUGAUCCGUCAGCAUCCGAUUCAUUGUUUAUUUAGUGAUCUAAUCUCAUCAUCAUCGUCAUACGACAAACUUUUACGCAAACCUAUAAAUCAUCUAUUCUAUGUCGUCUCAAAAGAAUGGCUCCCUACUUAUGAACUUGUACUUGUGAGUCGCAUAUUCGAUCACUGUAUAGUUUUUGAUUGUAUAGAUUAUCAUAUUGUUACACCGAUAUCGUCGUAUGAUGAACAUGAUUAA